AAAAGUUGUAAAAAUGUCAAUCGGAUCAAACGUCUGCAAUGGCGGCCAAGUUUAAGCAGAUUGCGCUAACGGGAACCUGCUUCGGAUUAAGGGCCGCAAUCAGAUAUAUCUUUACGCCGUCGCAGUGAGAUCGAGAGCUUUCCGUUGUGCCUCUGUUUUACUCUGGAGCGGCGAUCGAUGGCCGAGCGAGUGCACCCGGCUCGGAUGCCGGAGAAGGGCAUACGUCUGGAGAGUCCUCGCCUCUCAGCUUCCUCCGCAGAAGCCGUCCUCCCCGUCCGCAACCCCUCGCCUCCGGUGCCAGCAACCCAGCUUUGUAGCUCCCGCCGCCGCUGUUUGCUCUGCCUCGGCGCGUUCAUCCUCUUCCUCGCAGCCACGGCAGGCAUCCUGUUCCUCGCCGUACGCCCCCGCGUCCCACGCUACUCCAUCGAUGGCGUAUCGAUAUCCUCCUUCGUCCUCACUGGUUUCACACUCUCCCCUGUUUUCUCCGUCACCGUCGUCGCCGACAACCGGCGCAACAAGAGGGUCGGCAUCUACUACCGCGACGCCAGCGAUAUAACGGCGGUCUACGACGGCGUGUUGCUGUGCGAGGGGAGGUGGCCAGAGUUCUACCACCCGCCGCGGAACGAGACGAGGUUCACGACGGAGCUGACGGGGUCAGCGAUCCGACUGACGGCGGCGAUGCAGGAGGCCCUGACGGCGGCGCAGACGCGGAGGAAGGUACCAAUGGAGGUGAACGUGGGGGUGCCGGUGAGGAUCAAGUUGGGCGCCGUCACGAGCUGGACGUUCAAGGUGAGAGUGAGGUGCGAGGUGACGGUGGACGGCCUGACGGAGAACACCGUCGUCGUCGACCGGCGUUGCCAUGCCAAGGUCAAAAUUUUUGGUUGACCUAUGCUUCUGUUGCCGCUACCGCUCUAUUCUUCCUAAUUUUCUUCUUUAAUAAAAAAAUAUUAUUUUAGGUAUUAAAAAAACAAAUGCAAGGUGUGUCCUUUGACAGAUAUGCCCUUGUAAUAAUAAUAAUAAUAAUAAUAAUAAUAAUAAUAAUCAAAUUCCAUUUUCUUUCUUUGCUUCACACUUUAUAAGCUGUGU